CUAGAUUUGUUUGUUGUGCUUGUUAUCUUUGUUUAUGUGUGCACGCCGUAAUUGCACAAUUAUUUGUGCUUGCAGCCGGCAAACGGUGUAACGGUAUCCUCCGCGUUUGAAUGGCCAAUGGCGCGAAUGGCCAAAACACCUGUAAAAGCCCGUGCCCUGAAACUUGUGUGGCGGCGGUGCUCGCCAGUUGACCGCCGCCCAUCGCAGCGGCUCCACAUUGCACAUUCCCGAAAUUAUGAGCAGCAUUACGUAAAUAUUGCACGGUCAGCAAACGUUUAAAUAUAGACGCCGUCGACGCAAUGUAACGCACUUGCAGUUGCCAGAGGACAGAGGACAACCGAGAGUAUUAUUGAAGCUUUCCAAAUCGAUGUAGGAUAGCCCAGAUUAUGGCUUCCUUGCGCGUAGUUAAUAGAAACAGAUUAGUGUGUCGCGGCUUUGUGGCUUUGACGCUGCUGCUGGUCUUCUUCAACGAGUUCAUCGUGUACUACCUGGCCCAGUCCAGUUGGCAGCGAAUCGAUUGCAAACUGGACAACUGCACACGCCUGCUGCUCAUUGCGGAUCCGCAGAUCCUGGGCAACUCCUACGAUCGCUCCUCGCACAGUCCGCUGGCCAGGUACGAUUCGGAUAGAUACCUGGCAAAGACCUUUGAGCGCGCUCUUCACUUUACGCAGCCGCACAUCAUCGUUUUCCUGGGCGAUCUGCUGGAUGAGGGCAACAUAGCCACCGCCCAGGAGUACAAGCAGUAUGUGCAGCGCUUCAAACGCAUCUACCAGAACAAGAACUUUAGAAAGCGCGUUCAUGUGCCGGGCGACAAUGAUAUUGGCGGAGAGAACGGCGACUACAUAUCCAACUCGAACCAGAGGCGCUUCGAGAACGAAUUCAUGAGUGAGGACCUCUUCGACUAUGACAAUCGCUUGCGCUUUUUUAAAAUCAACCGCAUGCUCCUGGACUUUAACAAUCCGGAUAGAGAUCACAAUCAGGAUCGCCUGAGGAUUGGUGUCUCGCAUGCCCCGCUGCUCAUUGGUGGCGGGCCCUUGCUGAGGGCCAUCAUCAGCGACUUGGAUCCACAUAUCAUUUUCUCAGGCCACUGGCACGAAUCGAGAAUCUUUAUUUAUCCCUCCACCAAGGUGAUCAACUUUUACGAGAACUCUGUGCGCCACUUUGAUUUGAAGGCUCUGAAGGAAGAGGAGCACAGCUAUCUGGAGAUCAUGGUGCCCACAUGCUCUUAUCGCAUGGGAAAGUCCAAGAUUGGCAUGGGUUAUGCGGUGUUGGAAAACUACAACCUAAGCUACACGGUUUUGUGGCAGCCGAAUCGGUUUAUCCUGCUCUUCACCUAUAUCUUUUGGGGCCUCUUUGUGGUCUGCGGUGCCGUAGUCUUCAAAAUGAUGACCCGCUGUCCCUUUCGCGUGGCCAAACGUCAGACGUUGUACAAUCGCGUCUCGACCAUACCUCAAUUUUAGACUGGAGAGUCUACUCCUCACGACAAUAAGCCCAAGAUUCUCAAAAUUUGCUCGAAUAAAUAUAACACACACCCCAGGAGAUUGAUUGAAUUGUAUUUAUAGCCAAGUAGCAUAUAUGCAUAUAUAUUAAAUUAGUUACUUUUUUAGUAGCCUUAAAAAAUGUACUGUAAAAAUUAACUAGACCAAAUUGCUGAUUUUAUGUGUUUAGAUUUGAUAACAAAUGUAACCCAUGUCCUCCAAUUAAACGCUGUUUGUAUUUCGGUAACUUGAAUAUGUAUUCUUUUUAGUCUGUAUUACUUUUUUAAGUCCAACAUAUAUGUAUUUAUUAUAAAAACACAUUUAAAUUAAACAUAAA